GAAAUUGCUGCCGAGGCAACAAAGUUGCUGCCGUCCCUCAGAGCCGCUCAGAUGCGACUGAAAUAUUAGCGUGUUUUUAGAAAUAAGAUUUGUUUUAGGGUCAACAUGUCUUGGGUUAAGGCUGUUUCGAAUAGCGUCGAUGUGUUUGACGAGGACGGAGACGAGCUGAGUUUACAGAGCCGAGAGUGGACCUCCAACAUGAGGAAGAGACUCCGGGAUGGGUUUGUGGACGGAGCGGAUGCCGGGGAGGAGGUCUCUCUUCAGGUCGGGUUCAACCUGGGCUUCAGGGAAGGAGCAGCUCAGACUGCAGCUGUGGGGCGACUCAAAGGAAUCGUAAG